CCCGAGCCCUCCCUUUGGCCAUUCUCUCUCUCUCUCUCUCUCCUCAUACACACUCCAAUCCAAAUCCAAUCAGUUGUCUCAGACCACUCUCACAGAUAUACCGAAAACGACUUCUUUCGACCCUUCACUCUCUCUCUCUCACUCUCUCUCUCUCUCUCUCUACUGUAAACAACUACAAAGAAAAACACACACAGAAAAAAACGGAGAGGUGAUCUGGGUUUCAAGCAACAAUGGUUGCUGGGAAGGUAAAAGUAGCAAUGGGUCUUCAAAAAUCUCCAGCAAAUCCCAAACCAAACUCAUCCCCAAAACAACCACCACCACCACCAUUGCCUUCACCACCUAGUUCCACCAAGGCUCCACACAAGAGCGCCGUCUUCUCACGCUCCUUCGGCGUCUACUUCCCACGCGCCUCCGCCCAGGUCCAGCCUCGUCCGCCGGAUGUGACGGAGCUCCUCCGCCUUGUCGAAGAGUUACGCGAACGAGAGUCUCUGUUGAAGACUGAACUCCUCGAAUUCAAACUCCUCAAAGAGUCCGUAUCCAUUUUGCCAAUCCUUGAAAGCGAGAUCGCUUCUAAAGAUGCUGAGAUUGAUCGGAAUGCGAGGAAGAUCGAGUGUUUGGAGGUUGAGAACGAGAGGUUGAGGCAAGAUUUGGAGCUUCUUCAUAUGAAAACAUUGGAGGAAAAGAGAGAAUACGAAAGGAGAUUCAAAGCAAUGGAAGCUGAGAUUGUAGAGUUAUCGUCGUCGUCGCAGAGGUUCCAGGGGCUGAUUGAUGUGUCUGUGAAGUCGAAUCUGAUUAAGAACGUGAAAAGAGGAGUGAAAGCUCAUGACAAUGGCGUCAAUUUUGAAAACCCUAGCAAAAACAAUGAGGUUGUGGAGAUUAACAGAGAUGAGAUUGUUGAAAUCGAUCGACCUAGACAUUCUCGCUCUAACUCAGAUGAAAUCGCCGAGUCUUCUUCUACAUUCAGAUCUCGAGCACCUAGGGUUCCGAAGCCUCCUCCGAGACCUUCAUCUUCUUCAUCGACAUCGAUUCCUCCGCCUCCGCCGCCGUCGACGAAGACAGCACCACCGCCUCCGCCGCCGCCGCCGAUGCCGGCGAAGGGGAUGAAGGCAUUUCCGGCGAAGGUGAGGAGAGUUCCGGAGGUGGUGGAGUUCUACCACUCGUUGAUGCGGAGGGACUCGCGGCGGGAACCAGGCGGUGGCGCCGCCGAUGCGCCGGCGGCGAACACCCGCGACAUGAUUGGAGAAAUCGAGAACCGGUCAGCUUACUUGCUAGCCAUUAAGACAGAUGUAGAAACACAGGGUGAUUUCAUUAGGUUUUUGAUCAAAGAAGUUGAGAACGCUGCAUUCACGCACAUUGAAGAUGUUGUGCCAUUUGUUAAAUGGCUUGAUGACGAGCUCUCUUACUUGGUUGAUGAAAGGGCAGUUCUGAAACACUUUGUUUGGCCUGAGAAGAAGGCUGAUGCCUUGCGCGAAGCUGCAUUUGGAUAUAGUGAUCUCAAGAAACUUGAAUCCGAGUCAUCAUCAUUUUGUGAUGAUCCCCGGCAGCCUUGUGUUUCUGCUCUCAAGAAAAUGCAGGCCUUGUUUGAAAAAUUAGAGCAUGGCAUUUACAAUCUCUCACGAGUAAGAGAAUCAGCUACUAAGCGAUAUAAUGUGUUUCAUAUUCCAACAAAUUGGAUGCUUGAUACCGGAUAUGUAAGUCAGAUCAAGCUGGCUUCUGUGAAAUUAGCCAUGAAGUACAUGAAGAGAGUAUCUGCGGAACUUGAAAUAGGUGGUGGUGGUGGUGGUGAAGAAGAGCUGAUAGUGCAAGCUGUAAGGUUUGCCUUCCGAGUUCAUCAGUUUGCUGGUGGAUUUGAUGCGGAAACAAUGAAAGCAUUCCAAGAGCUGAGGGAGAAAGCAAGAACUUGCCAUAUACAGUGCCAAAACCAGCAACGACAGAAAUACAUAUGCAGUUCUGCAACUUGCUAAUAUCUGUAGCAAACUCGGCUUCAGGAAUCACUGCCAGUUUUUUUUGUUGUAAAGAAGUUUACACACCAUAUGUUUGUGAAUACAAUGGCAGCUGCCAUCUCGCAUUCACUUUUAUUUAUAAUCAUAUUAACAAGAAAAUGCCCACUUUUCCUUGCUCACCAUUUCCAUAUCCAAAAACAAAAAAAAAACAAAAAAAACAAAAAA